AUGUUGUCUGUGUGUUCUGUAGUUUACAACGAGAAGCUUUAUACGAUGAAAUAUCCUAUUACCUGUGAUGAGGUGAUCAAAGAAUUAAAAAUCCAAGGACAGCCGGCGGUUAUAGUUGGCUUAAAAGUGAAUGGGAUAGUGCAGAGCAUCAACUCCUAUGUGACCACAUCGAGGUGUACGGUGUCCCCAUGUUACCUUCGUUGUGUCGAAGGACAGAACAUGUGUCGCCGAAGUGAACUUCUCUUGACAAGAUAUGCAAUUCAUCGCCUCAGUCCCGACGUGGAGAUGACUAUAGUUGGCGAAUAUGGUGAUUGCACCAAAUUCCAAAUGAAACCAAUACCCAAAAUCGAUACUGCCGCGUUAAAUGAAGAAUUCAAACACCUCCAUACUAAGCAAAUUUACUCAGUCUCACUCCCUCAUAACUUUCUUAGACUUUGCUUCGUCGAAACUCAUCAACCACAUUCAAAUUCAUUAAUCGAAUCGUUGAAUUCACCAGCGUAUGACUGCGCUAUGAUCGACGAUUUCCCUGUUCUCUCUUUGUCUCAGCCAUAUCUCUCCAACCCUGACAUGUUACAAGAGAUCUCCACAUUAGAUGUGGAGAACACUGCAGACUCAUCUUAUUUGACAGUCCACUUCCCUCCACUGAUCCACACUGAUUCAUUCUUUUACGAAGACUCCCCCGUCGUGACUUGUCCUUACCCCCUUGACCCGGGUUUGGAUGUCGGGGCGGUGAACAAAAGUGUUGUACAGAAGCAACACAAAGAGAGGAUGAUGGAGGCGGAGAACCACCACAUUCAACAACUUUCGAAGUUGAUUGAAAUCGUUCAGACGAAGAAGACUAAAUUAGUUUUAAUAGCUGGGCCGAGUAGUUCUGGGAAGACGAAUUUUUCGCAUAAAGUAGCUCUUGGGUUACAAGGGGUUGGGUAUUCUCCGCUUGUCUUAUCUAUUAAUAACUAUUAUGUCCACAAGAAUUACUGUCCAUUGGACGCCAAUGGGAAACGGGACUGGGAGUGCAUUGACUCGUUACGACUGGGACUUUUGAACGACCAUUUAACAGCGUUAUUGAAGGGCAAGGAAGUUGUUGUGCCACAAUUUGACUUCAUCACGUCGACGCCGAUCAGCACGAAGGGGAAAACUGUUAAACUUGCGCCGAAUGGGAUUAUAGUGAUGGAGGGGAUCCACUGCUUGAAUGAACGACUGACCGAAAAAGUCCCGCAUGAGAAAAAGGUGAAGGUCUUCAUAGCGCCGCUGUCGAACGGGAUUUGUUUAACGGACGACGUGAUGCUGGACAACAACUUUUUGCGAAUACAACGGCGCAUGACACGAGAUAGUCUUGAAAGGGGGUAUACUGCAAAGAAGACAUUAGACAUGUGGGAUCAAGUAGCUGGGUCUGAAAAGACUUGGGUGUAUCCUUUCAUCAAAGAUGCUGAUUUUGUGUUCACGACGUUCUUAACGUACGAAGUGAAUGUGUUGACCACAUUCUCAUUGAAUUUACUUCGUACAAUAGGGAAUGAUGAUGUGUCGUAUGGAUUUGCACAGUCGUAUCUGCGUCUCUUGUCAUAUUAUGUGACUCUCGACUCUGCAGACGUCUCGAAGAAUUCAGUCAUGAGGGAUUUCAUAGGGGAUGGCGUGUUUUGA